AUGCGGGCAUUCUUGCGACCGCGGUCACCACGAUGCCAUGGACAACUCCCACAUCUCCAAGCACGCCGUAGCCUCCUGACCCUUGCCAAAGUGAAGGGCCCCUCAGAACCCCCUCUGCUCGAAGAGACGGUCGGUGAGAACUUCUCCCGCAUCGUGUCCGCCCACGGUGACCGCAACGCUGUGAUUUCAAGACACCAAAAUAAACGGUUGACGUACCACCAACUCGACCUCGACAGCAAUGUGGUGGCCCGGGGACUACAAAGCUUGGGAGUCGAAAAGGGAGACAGAGUCUGUGUAUCUCUGGGGAACAACCUGGAAUUCGCGACCAUUACAUAUGCCUUGUUCAAACUCGGGGCCAUCCUGGUGCCCUUGAACCCAGCAUUUACGGCACCACAGGUCAUUUCGGCAUUCAACCACCUCUCGGCUUCGCACCUCGUCAUUGGCACCGAGACGAAUCUACCGUACAAGCCGCCCCGGCCCAAUGUAUCGCUUCUCGAGGCCAUCGUGUCUGAUUUGAAAAGCUCAAGUCUGGCUUCGGAAACAGUCCCCUCGCUCAAGAACAUCAUCCUGGUGGAUAACUCUGCAGGACGCAUCGACCCGAGUCCCUUCCGCGCAACGACACCUUGGGGAUCCAUAUCCCAAGAUUCGGACAGCAGUCCUCCGACGCCUUCUGCUCCACUAUCGAACAACGAGGUGGUCAACAUCCAGUUCACCUCGGGGACGACGUCCAUGCCCAAGGCCGCGUGUCUGUCGCAUCGAUCCAUCCUGAACAACGGCAACCAGAUAGGUGACAGGAUGCUCCUGACGCCGCAGGAUGUCGUGUGCUGCCCGCCACCUUUAUUCCACUGCUUCGGGUGUAUCCUAGGCUACAUGGCAACAGCGACGCACGGGUCAGCGAUUGUCUUCCCCGCCGAAGCAUUCGACCCCUUGGCCUCGCUCAAGGCCGUGCAGGAGGAAAAGGCGACGGCUCUCUACGGCGUUCCGACCAUGUUCCUCGCCGAGCUAGAGCUGAUCAACGACGAAAAGGUCGCCUACGAGGGGUUCCAGUACCUGCGCACGGGGAUCGCCGCGGGCUCCUCUGUCCCGGCGGAAUUGAUGCGCAAGCUGCACAAGACGUUGAACCUGACGGAGUUGACCAUCUGCUACGGCAUGACCGAGACGUCGCCCGUCUCUGCGAUGACCACGACCGACGAUCCGCUCGAGAAACGAAUCAACACGGUCGGCCGCCUGCUGCCGCACGUUGAAGCCAAAGUCGUGGACCCGUUCGACCACAAUCGCGUCCUAAAUGUAGGGGAGCGCGGUGAAUUGGCUGUGCACGGGUACUUGGUCAUGAAAGAGUACUGGGGCCAGCCCGACAAGACGGCCGAGGCCAUGAAAACCGACGAUGAGGGCAAAGUCUGGAUGCACACGGGCGACGAGGCAUCCAUCGACGAAGAAGGCUACGUGAGCAUCACGGGCCGCAUCAAGGACUUGAUCAUUCGCGGCGGCGAGAACAUCCACCCCUUGGAGAUCGAGAAUUGUCUGUUCGCCCAUGACAAGAUCGCCGAGGUCAGUGUCGUGGGAUUGCCCGAUGAGCGCUACGGAGAGGUGGUGGCCGCGUUUGUGGUCAAGAGACAUCAUUUGCCGGAGGGCGAGACGGAUAUCACGCCCGAGGAAGUGCGGAGUUGGGUCAAGGCGCGGAUGGGCCAUUACUUGGUGCCCAAGCAUGUGUUCUUUGUGCAGGAUUACCCGAAGACGGCGAGCGGGAAGAUCCAGAAGUUCAAGCUCAGGGACUUGGGCGUCGAGUUACUCAAACAGUCGGAAGGUCAAAACAGUCGUUGA